GACGAACCCUAGAUCCAAACUCGAGCGACGCUCUCUUGCUGCGCGUGCGACAUGGAAGAACCCAUCCGAAGGAGGGAACCCGACUGGCCGGCUCCCCGGGGCGCUGCCUGGAGGGAGCCCUCCCCGGCGUGUACCCACGGCCCCAGCUGGAGGGAAUCCUCCCUCGGCGCCGGCGGGACGCGCCGCCCCAGUUGUCUACUCCUCGACCGCUUCGUCCACCGCAGCAGCCGGGACGCGGAGGACGAAGGGGACGGCACGACCUCGGUGACCUCGUACACCUGCGUCGGCCGGCCCAUCCGCUCCUCCCUCAGGGUCGCCGACUCCCCGGCGGUGUCCCGUCUGUACCUCCACUUGCCGGGCAGCCCGGAGCCCCCAGGCAUGGAGGAGCCCUCCGUGAUCGCCGCCCACCGUCACUCCAUCCUCUUCAAGGUGGUUGCCCCCUUGGAGCAUCCUUGGUGGUGCAACGACACUUUCCGCUUCCCCUUCGACUUGUUCGUCUACUCGGCCUUCUCGUCACCGCCGUCGCUCCAUCGGCUUCCGGCUUGUUUCAUCGGUGUCGUCAGCACCCCCCAUGAGGUCGAGUUCAUCAAACCGUACGGGCGUCAACAGCAGCGGCCCAUGCUGGCGGAAGAGAUGGGUCUCCUGUGCCACGGCAGCAACGGCGAGUUCACGGUGGCGGAUUUCACGCACUUCGCCCCGGAUCCCGAGCUCUGCCUGCUUCACUACCAUGCACCAGCACCUGGCUCGGGGAAGGAGAACAUUGAAACGCAAUGGAGGGUCAAGAAGGUGCGGUUGCCCCCGAUGGGCCCUGAUGUCUGCUCGUGGAGGACUGACGCUGUCAUCCCCAUCAACGGCCGUUUUUUGUGCUGGGUCGACUACUACCAGGGCAUUCUUGCUGUUGAUAUCCUCCUAGCCAACGACGAGAGCAUCCCAGAUCAGCAGCUCCGUUACAUCCCGCUGCCCGAGGAGGCUUUGCGAUCUCGCCGCACAGAUACCAAUGGAGACAGCACUGACCCAGCUCGGUGUGUCUGCGUCACUGUCGGGGGCAUGAUCAAGCUCAUCUGUAUUACCAAUGGUGGAACCAGCAGAGUGCGUGCUGCUUCUCGUUCUGCUUUCACGAUAACAUCAUGGACAUUGUUUGACAUCUUCCAUAGGAGAUGGCACAAGGAUGGCUCCAUGGAGACCGCCGAGUUCUGGGGUCUUUACGGUGGGCAGAGUCUUCCACGGGUGAAGCCAAGUUAUCCUCUGGUGAGCUUGGUUCAUCCAGAUGUCACCUGCUUCCUGUUGGAGGAGGAUCAAGACACUUUCUGGAUGAUUGAAGUCAACACGAGGGACAUGGUGCUGUUGUCAAGUGCCCUCUAUAUCAACGAAGAAGAAGAAGAAGAACAAGAACAAGGGUGCUCCACCAACAUGGAUCGUAGGAACAUCUUUGAUGGCCACUCCUUUAUCCCCAGCGAGUUCUUCACUUACUUGAGCAAGGAUGCCAUCACAAGUCGGGAACGAAGUGAAAUGAUGCAGAAGGCAAAGCAGUUGAGGCUGGUGCAAAAGAAGAGUCGAGCGAAGGAGGCAAAAUUGAAGGAGAGUUUAUCUGGAUUGAAGUUGUCUGAAUGCAAUGCUUAAGUGUGGAUUGGAGACAGUCGAAGAAGUGAUCUGCGGCCAUUGAAGACGUCCUAACGCCUUCUAUUAUUAUUGGUAUAUUAUUGACGGUUACUUUUGUCUCGUUGGAAGGGUCUAAAGACAUUGUUGGGUGAUCUAACUUUGAACGCCUCCACAGCCCAGUCGUGGCUUUGCUGUUUAAGAAUCUACUUAUUUGCUGCUACUCAUAAUUUAAGAGCCUUCGGGUGUAGUUGUCUUCCACUGCCAUUCUGCAUGGAGAUUUUUGGGUGGCUAUCUUUAUAUGUAAUAUGCCAAUGCAUUAUAUUAUUGCUCA